AUGACGCCAACAAACCAAAUCCCAAUCGUGGACUCUCACAUCCACCUCUUCCCAGCGACGCACCUAAAAACCCUAUCCUGGCACAACGCCAACAACCCACUCGGCACACAACACAGCGUGGACGAAUACCGCCAUGCAGUAGCACAAUCCAACGCCACGUCCCUUCUGCGGGGCUUCAUAUUCCUAGAAACAGACCGACUCUCCUCAAUCACAGACUCAACCCCACCCAACCACGGCUGGCGACAUGCCUUAGACGAAGUCUCCCUCUUAACACGCAUAGCCCUCGGCACACCCAUCCCAGGCGAGGGCCACGUCCCGCACGAUAAGACGCUCUGUCUGGGGAUUGUGCCGUGGGCGCCUGUGCCAGGCGGGCCGGAUGUGCUGAGCGCGUAUAUGGAGCAGGAUAAGGUUGCCGGGACUAUGCUUGGAGAUGGGUUUGUCGAGGGGUUGAGGUGGCUGGGGAGGAAGGGGUUUGUUUUUGAUCUUGGGGUUGAUGCGAGGUCUGGCGGGUUGGGGCAACUGAGGGAGGCGGUUGAAAUGAUGGAGCUGGUUUAUGGGGGUUUGGAGGGAGAUGAGGCGCUUACGAUUGUUAUUAACCAUUUGUGCAAGCCUCACCUUCGUUUGGUGUCGGAUGAUAUUCGCUCUCAUCCCGAGUUCCUUGAGUGGAAGGAUCUUGUCUCUAAGAUGGCGAGGGCAAAUCCUAGGACUUAUAUGAAGCUUUCUGGGGCGUUUUCGGAGCUUCUACCGUUAGAGGCGGAGUCGGUGCCAGAUUUUGGGGCAAUUGUUGAACGCGUGCAGCCAUGGACUGACGUUGUUUUUGACGCUUUUGGGGCGGACCGUGUCAUGUUUGGAUCAGACUGGCCGGUGUGCAAUGUUGGCGGCGGUGGAAAUGAUGUCUCUUGGGGUAGAUGGAGACGUGUGGUCGAGGAGGUUUUGGAACGGAGGGGAUUAUCUGAGGAACAAAAGAGGGGUGUAUGGGGAUCUGUUGCUUUGCAUGCUUAUGGUAUAGAGAUCUAG